UGAAACCACUCGCAGAUUCUUCACAUUUUCCAAUUCUCCUUCGACUUAGCUUUCUCUUCGGCUUCCUACCCAUCUCUUCUUCCCCUUUUUAUAGCCCCACACACACACACUCAGGGUUCAUAGUUUAGGGGGUUCACUCUUGAUUCUUGAAGAGGCUCAUUGAUUUCAUCCGUAUUUGAAUCUUGGAGAAAACCUGAGAAUGGAAGACGAUGAUCAUCACCGCCAAGAACAAGACGAACAAGAAGAAGAAGAAGAAGAAGGGAUCAAGACAAGACAAGGAUCCAGCAGGCCAGAAGAAGACACACCUUCGUCGAGAAUCUUCUCAUGCCUCUUCUGUUCCAGAAAGUUCUACAGCUCCCAAGCCCUCGGAGGCCACCAGAACGCCCACAAGAAAGAGAGAACCGCCGCCAGAAGAGCCAAAAGGGCUUUCGAAUACGUUCAUAGCCCUAACUUGCAACACACGUUACCUGUGUUCUUGUCCCCUCCUUCUCCACACCACCUGACCAUCUUAGGCUACCCUUCUUCUCAUCAUCAUCAUCCCGCCCUCGGGUGUUUCCCAUCUGUUCAUCCUGACCAUCCGAUCUUCUCUCACGGGUUCGGAUCCAACGGUUCUGCUCCCAGGUUCGAUCAUGUGGUCUUGGCCGCGGCUCAUCAAGGCGGCGGCGGCUGCAGCCUCGGAGGAGAGCAUUUUCAGAAGAAGAGCGUGAAAUCAUCAUGCAAGGGAGGGUUUUUUGGUCAACAACGCCUCCAAAUUUUGGAUAAUGUGAUGGAUGGUGAAAAGGGUAAAGAUCAAAACCUUGAUCUGACCCUCCAUUUAUAAAAAAAAAUCCAAUUUAGGGCUUUAGAUUUUUAGGGUUUUGAGAGAGAUUUAAAAUAUCAGAAUCCGGGUAAAGGGAUAUCUCUAGAUGAAGAUUUUGACAGACAUCGUUAUUAUGUUUUUGUUCUUGGAAUAAAAAUAAUAAUGAGCGUUGGUUUU